CCAAGAGACUCCAGUAUCCCAAUCCAGAUUCUGGACAAAGAUAAUGAGAAACUGGUACCAAUUGCCACGAAAGUGAAACUCAGUUAAACCAGAGUGGUGCUGAGCAAACUAUUACAUUAGGCACUCAUCUAUUAUAGAGGAUAUAUUUCAAAGACAGAGGGAUGUAAUGGAGAAGCAUUUCCUAAGGAAAUCGAGAGCCCUUUUCUAUCUCAGGUUUCUUUUUAUUGAAGCUUGAAGCUCAAGUUCAUGGCUUCAUCAAAAAACGCUUCAAAUCCUGAAGCUGAGAUAGCUCUCACCUGGAGCCCGUGUGUUGUUCUAUCCUUUGCCUGGGAACGCAGUCACCUGGGAAUCAUUCCAGCAGGUGGCUUCCAAAGUCCAACCUGCUAGGUUGAAAUCUGACACUGACACAGACUCCGGGAGCUGCGGCGGAAAGCUCAACCAGGAACCCGGAAAUGCACAAGCCUCUUGAUGCAUAAAAACAGCUGGGCUCCCUUGGAGACAGCGCGCCAUGGGAAACCGGGUCUGCUGCGGAGGAAGCUGGAGCUGCCCAUCAACUUUCCAGAAGAAAAAGAAAACAGGAAGCCAAGCAAGACGGACACUGAAGCCACAGCCACGACAGCUGCAGCAGAAUGGCCCAAAGGGCCAUGAAACAACAGGACACACGUAUGAGCGGGUGUUACAGCAGCAAGGGUCUCAAGACAGGAGUCCAGGCCUCAUGUGGGAAGACAGCAACUUACAUUAUGCUGACAUUCAAGUGUGCAGCCGUCCCCAUUCCUGGGAAGCGAAACAAGUGCAUUUAGAAGACGCUACAGAGUAUGCGACCCUUCGCUUCCCCCAGGCCACACCUCGCUAUGACAGCAAGAACGGGACCCUGGUGUGAGCCUUGGGGAGGAAGGCCCAGUCCAUCGUUAAUCACUACUCCUGUCCGGGAGAAUCUACUGCUUUGGGGAAUUGGGUGGCAACCCAGGGAUGUUGGCCACGUUUUAAGCUUAAAGAACUCCAAAGCCCCUGGAAUUGUGAGCGUCCCAGUUUCUCCCCUGGCCUCUUACUUGUCACUGUUAGGUUGGAGUUAUAGUUGGUUUAGCUAUGAGUGGAUAGCUAAACUUAGCUAGCCACAUGAGGUUAGGUGGAGUGUGCAGGGAGGUAGGUCUUCGACCUCACCAUUGUUGCUCCUGCUCUUGAAAAGUGCAGAAAGAGCAGGUUAAAAGUUAGCCUAUAAGCACGUGGGCUGAUCUUGUCGGACUUUAAUUAAUGGUAUCCUUUUUCACACACCUUAAACUCCAAAACUGAAGGGGAGGUGCUCUGGAAAAGCAUUCUGAGCUUUUACAUUCAGACACCAGGGCUGGCUUGGGCUGAGUCAGGUUCCAGACCUUAACAGACAAAUGGGGGAAGGGGGCUGAGGCGUGGAGGAAGCGCUCUCCAACCAUGGCCUACAGGACCUCAAGACACUGAUAAACGACAGCACAGCGAGGCCCGGAAACUUCCCUCGGAGGGACUGUUGGCUCUCGCAAGUGCGGGGCCGCUAGGAUCAAUAAAUGGCCUGAGAAACA